AUGAAGUCUUCUGAGUGCAAACUGGGCAUCAUUGACCCGAAUUUCAAUCCCAGAUAUAUUGGAGACCUUGAACAAGAGGUCAAGGCGCUUGAGGAGGAGCUCACAACCGCGGAACAACACGAUCCCGUUUCCAGGGCGUCCCCUGUGCCUGCAGGGCCUACGAACCCGCAAGACCGCCGAGAGCACUCUCCGGGUUUUAUCGAGGGCGGUGGCUUAAGCGAGAAAAGUUUCAUGCGACACCUGUUUGCGGAGUCGGAAUGGCGUGAGCAUGAUCCGAGUCUGCUUCAAAACCUUUCCAAGGGCUCGGGACCAGCUGAAGCAGGAGUCAAGUCAGCGGCCCUCCCAUCUCUGGAGCAGGCGAGGGUGAUAUUUGAUAAGUAUCUGAACGGAUCUCAUGUCCAAAAUCCAUUUCUCCUUCGGCGCGACGUACAGAGCAUCUAUAGCAGGCUAUUUCUGUCAGGCCCUGAAGACCAACAAAACCAUAAUCUGAGGCAAGAUGCAAAACACGACCUUUUCAGAGCUUUCAUGAUAAUCGCCAUUGGGUCGAUUCUCCCCUAUCGCCAUGGGGAAUUUGAACAUCACCCCUAUGGCUAUUACCUUUCAGCCUUGAAGUACCUUGAUGACGGGUUCCUCUCCGGAGGGCUUGCCUCCAUCCAGGAUCUUCUUCUCGUCGGCAGGUUUGCAAUAUACCAUCACAUUGGUACUUCGAUCUGGGAGGUUACUCGGCUAGGUAUGCGGAUGUGUAUUGAGCAAGGUCUACAUAAGCCCACUCUCCCAAGCCGCAAAAUCGGGCUAUUACAGGACCAACUUCAACGACGAGUCUUCUGGGAAUGCUACAUGAUUGAUCGAUACAGCUCAAUUACAUUGACGCGCCCGUUUGCUAUUGGAGACAAAUACAUUCAAAUCGGAUUCCCAGUGGACGCGAAUGACGAGGAGAUUGAAGCUGCAGAGGCAUCUGGCGCUUUUCCCGACCUGGAUUCUUUCAGCUCUACAUCUUCUCUCGCGUCAAUGACGGCACGAACAACGGAGAUGUCGGUGUUUUUAGCUUGUCUCAGACUCCGCCAAAUAACCUCUAAAAUUCAUACUGAAUUUGGCGAGAAGGCGACUGGUCAGACUUUGCGAAAUGACACCACGGCCAGAGGCGUCAUCUACUCGAGUUUGAACAAACUACUCAAGGAACUACAACAAUGGCGUUCCGCCACACCACUGUUUCACUACCCGCAAAACCUCUAUCAAAUGCAUGAGUGGUAUGAUCUUCUCCUUCUCAGGGAGCGUUUGUUACUGGUCAGAAAGGCGAUUGAUAUCGUUCCAAAGCAAGGGAAUAUUCCUCCGCGAGAUCUAUUGUUCCUGUGUCUUGAAUGUGCCGUUGGGGCUAUCACAUCUUUCUGUCGACUAUUCGAGCUAAACAAGAUUACUUUCACUCGAAGUUACUUCCAAAUGCUUUUUGCCGCAGGUGUUUCCGUCAUGUUCUGCUUAUCUGUGGUGAGGGACUUGAAUCAAAUGACCAUCCAGAACGGCGCCGACGCAAUGGCCAUGGGUGAAAACGCUUUGAAGAAGAUGAGCGAAGAGCUUCCUGAUGCAAAGCGCUAUGUUGCCGUCUACGAAGCGUUGCGUCUGUAUGCCAUUCGCAAAUGCAGCCGCCAGCUGCAAGUCGAAUCUAUGCGAAAUAGCCAUUCUGUCUCGGAAAUGCAGAAUGAAUCUUCUCAAACUACGUCACCGGCUGGUCAUGAACAAGACGGUAGUCGAAAUUACGUGGAAUUCUCUGGGGUGUUGUCUGCUGGGGCGAACCUAUCACCUGGUCUCCAUGUUCAUCCUUCACUUCACGCUCCACUCAACCAAGCAACAUUGACUCCUGAUGGGAUCACUGGUGUGCAAGGCGACACGAACCCAUCAGAAGGCUCUAUCCUAUCUUGGAAUGUGUUCGAGGACAAUGCGCUCUGGAACAUGGAGGCUGGCUUGAACGAGUAUGCCUACGGAGAUCCCCCACUGAGUUUGUAUUUGGAUGAUCCAUAUGGUUUGCCGAAUAUGCUGGGACAGUAG